AUUCCCACAUUAAAUUUCAAGUUUCAUUGCAAUAUUUGUUUCAAGUAUUCAAAGGAGCUUCACCCAAAAUAUUUGAAAAGAGGGACUAGAGAAGAAUGGCUCUUUUUAGUGUGGAACACUUGGCUUUCAUAUUUGGCCUUCUAGGCAACAUUGUAUCAUUCUUGGUAUUCUUGGCACCUAUGCCAACUUUCUACACAAUUUGGAAGAGGAAAUCAUCGGAAGGGUUUCAAGCAUUACCAUAUUCAGUUGCAUUUUUCAGUGCUUCCUUGUUGUUAUACUAUGCUUUCCUUAAAACCGGUGCGUACAUGAUCAUUACCAUAAACGGCAUUGGAUGUUUCAUCGAGACCGUUUACCUCUUGAUGUACAUCAUAUUCGCGCCCAAGAAGUCCAAGUUGUUCACGAUGGGUUUGAUUAUCCUAUUCAACGUUGGAGGCUUAGGGUUGGUCAUGGCAGUUUCUAUACUAGCUUUCCAUGGUGACAAAAGGGUUUCUUUGGUUGGAUGGAUAUGUUGCAUCUUUAACCUAGCUGUAUUUGUUGCCCCUUUUAGCAUCAUGAGACGUGUGAUCAAGACAAAAAGUGUAGAGUACAUGCCAUUCACUUUGUCAUUCUUCCUUACCCUUUGUGCUACAAUGUGGUUUUUCUAUGGAUUCUUCAUCAAGGACUAUUACAUUGCAUUUCCAAAUAUUUUGGGUUUUUUGUUCGGGAUUGCCCAAAUGAUCUUGUACUUCGUCUACAAAAAUGCCAAGAAGAAUGAUGGAAUGAAUCUCGAGCUCGAGCCCAGCAAGGAUAUUGAGAAGAAUUUGAGCCUUGAGGAAGCCAAAGAUGUUGAGGUUGUGUCUAAAUGAUUUGAAGAUGGAGGAGUAAACACAUUUCAAUAAUAGCAAUUUAUACUAAAUAGUUAGAAACAAUCCGGCAUGAUAUUGUUUCUACAUAUACUAAAUAAAUUCCUUUGUGAAUUUUCCUUUUUAGAAUUUUCUCUUAGCUACUUCAUACUUAGGAAAAUAUUUAUACUAUGUAAAUUUUGUUUACCUAUUAAUUGGAUAUUUCAUUAUAGAAA